CUCACUCGCUAUUCGACAGAUCGUGGACCGCGCGCGUACAACCAAACGUCACGUCGGGUCUUGUCUUCAUUCUCGAUCGUCUCGUCUUCUUCUCUUCCCUUCAUCUUUUUUUUCAUCCUCCUCUUUGUCUUCCCUCUCUCUUCCCUCCUCCCCCCAUCCUCGUCGUUCUUUGCCUCGGCCAGAUAAUCCACUAUUUUCUCUCUCCUUUUUCUUUUCUCUCUGUCUUCUCUAUGUUGACGAGUCGCGAAUUAAAAAGGGGACUUGCGAUCGCCCGCCAGGAUUUAUUCGCGAAGACGCAACGAGUGAUCUUCGCGCGCCGAGUGCAAUCGCGAUCUUUAUUGUGAUCGACACCGGCCGUUGCAGAAACGCCUCAUUUUUAUCAAUGAGAACGAAAAUAUAAGAGCCACGAUUCUUGUGACCGUCUACGGAAAGUGAACCUAACAAACAUGUCAUGAUUACCGCGCCGUUUACGGAUCACCUUCGGGCAAAUCGACAAGUACUUUGAUCAAUCGAUCUCGGGUUUUUUGGUAUUUUUCCAUCUGGCAAGGUCGCUGUGUCGAAGGAGACGGAGGGAAUCACAAAAUUCUGUGCCGAUUUUGAUAUUCGAACAGAUUCCAAUUUUCUAUAAUUGAAUGUCAGUAUUUUCUUUAAAAUAUCGAGAGUCUUGCAUGGAGGUCAAGACGCAAAACUUAAAUCUGAUAGCAAGAUAGAGAAAUCUGUCCGGUAUUUCUUUCGCCGUUCUUCCCACUCUCCUUCUUGAGCUCGUGAGUUACAUAAAGAAGGAUUUUACUGGUCAGUUAAUGAACCCGGUUGUGCGUGCACUCGAGGAACAUCCAACAACGACGACGACAUCGAGGACGAAAACGGCGGGGACGACGAUUGGGCUGGUAUUAUGCAAAAGCCAAGAAUGAAGGACCAACGGCGAGACGGCGACGAGUGAAAGUGAAGCUGGGGGAACGUGCGUCUUACCUGGACCCAGGUGUGAAAGUGCAGUGCGUAAUACGAGCGCAGGGAACACGUGGCGCAGCGGGUACCUGUCGAAAUCGCGCUAUCGACACGACGACAGCCGGGGACACGAGGACAAGAUAGUGGUGAUGAUAACGGCGACGAUAACAAUGCUGCAGACACGUGCUCACCGCGAGAACAAUGCCCAGUGCAGUGACGGUAGAUGAUGCUAAUAAUGAUGACGAUGAUGAAGAUGAUGAUGAUGAUGAUGAUGAUGAUGAUAACGAUGUUGAUGAUGACCUCCUGUAUACGCAACACUCAUUUUGGGUCAACGUGUUUACCGUUAAUUAGAGCAUAUAGUAAUUAGUUAGCCAUUUGUAGUGGAUUACUCGUCUUUUAUUCCACUUUUAUUCGGCUGAACAAUCGACGGUUUCGUUCAUUCGUCGGAAAUUGAAUCGUUCGAAGACUAUCGGCGACCCAAGUCCGAACAAAAGUGCGAUUGAAACAAAACAUUAUUUGCAAGAAAUGGCUGAAGCAGUGUGAUUGAUUCGGAUCAAUAGGUGUCUUAUUAGCGUUACAUCUCGAGUGAAAUUGUUUUAUCGAUUGUAACGGUUUCAAAAAGUAGAUUGUUUUCUUUGUAACGUGAAUAAAAACGAAGAACGAAGAUGAAGUUUAUCGCGUCCUUGUUCGGGACGAGGUCCCCGAAGGCGAUGGGCAGACAAUACAUGAAGGUUGGCAGAAACGCCCUUUUUGGUGUGCAAAAUGAUACAAAUGACAAUAUUUGUACCGAGAAGGUGCCAAGGCCGCUAUCCUUGCUAAUCUCCAGGAAGGGAAAGUUGAGGCAUGGCAGGAUAGCAGCGAUCUGUCUAGGUCUUCUUGCACUUGUGAUCGGCAUAGUGCUCAGUAGCAUACCGUGGGUCGAUUACCUCAUCUUGAAACAACUGCGACUCUGGAACGGCUCGCUCUCCUUUCAAUAUUGGCAGAAGCCAGGCGUAAUUCGAUUGACCAAAGUCUAUAUAUUUAACGUAACCAACCCGGAGGGUUUUCUGCAGUUAAACGAGAAGCCGAAACUCCAGGAAGUUGGCCCGUUUGUUUAUCGAGAGGAUAUGGAAAAAGUUAACAUCGUAUUUCACAAUAACGGAACAGUUAGCUAUCAGCAUAAGAAAAUUUUGAAUUUUGUGCCUGAGAUGUCGAAGGAUGGAGAUAUGAAAGUGAUAGUGCCGAAUAUACCUUUGCUGACACUUUCGACACAAAGCAAAAGUCUCCCUCGUAUAAUCACUGCGGGAUUGUCGAUUUUCCUGAGCGGAAUGCACAUGAAACCCUUUAUUCCUAUAACCGCUCAGGAAUUGGUCUUCGGAUACGACGAUCCGUUGGUCAGCCUCGGACACAAGUUUCUUCCCAAGACGAGACGGCCCAUGAGCAGAAUGGGCCUCCUUAUUGGAAGAAACGGUACAUUAAGCGAGAUAUCUACGAUAUUCACCGGACACACGGACAUGAAAGAGUUCGGUUUGAUAAAUCGAUUGAACGGGCUCGAUCAUUUGCCAUACUGGCCGAACGCACCGUGCAAUUCCAUUGCGGCUUCGGAAGGAUCUUUCUUUCCGCCGCGAGAUCGAACUGGCGCGGACAUCAUUCACGUCUGGGACAAGGAUCUCUGCAGGACGAUGCCGUUGCAGUAUCGCGGGCCGGUAGAGAAGGCCGGUAUCAAGGCGGAUUUAUACACUCCGCCGGAUGAACUUUUCGGUCGAGUGAAUAAGUCAGCUACGGAUGAAGACUGCUUUUGCUCGGACGGCAUUGACACUUGCCCUCCACAUGGCUUGCAGGAUAUUAGUCCAUGCCAAUACAGUGCACCAGUAUAUAUCUCAUUUCCACAUUUUUAUAAGGCCGAUCCUAAAUUGUUAGACGCCUUUGAUGGACUCAACCCAGUCGAAAAACUGCAUGAAUCAUUUUUCAAAAUUCAGCCAAAAUUAGGAGUGCCGAUUGAAGCGAAGGUUCGCCUCCAGUUGAAUCUGAAGGUAGAACGACAGUCCAAUAUUGCGGUGGUCGCUGAUUUUCCCGAUAUAAUGUUCCCGAUUAUGUGGAUCGAGGAGGGCAUAGAGGAGCUCACGCCGUCCAUUAGACGAUUCAUUUACUUGUCGACCACAUUCGCCGACAUCGCCGGGCCUUGCUUUACGUAUGGCAUGAUUCUAGUCGGACUGACGAUCAUCAUCACGGUGUUCGUGAAGGCGUAUAAUACCCCGGUAUUGACGCACGAGGCGAUCGAGCUCGGCAAGAGGACCAUCAGGAGAGGCUCGUCUUUCUUAAUAAAUGGCCAACAUCGAUUGAUCGGUCGGGACUCUUACGUCUUACUAAAAGACAACGAUAUGGACGAGAAGCAGGAUAUUAUAGAGAUGUGAUGGACAUUUCUGCGUGAAUUCUAGAAUAUUAUAGAAACGAUGAUACUAAGCGUCUUUUGUAGAGUGAACAAUAAUAUAUAAUUAAUGACGCCUAGUCUCGAUUUCUCGUGAAGAGAAAUCGUAAAUCAAUCUUGGUAUUAACAAGAAGUUUAUCGAGAA